UGAAUUAAAACGUCAACCAAUUUAUGAAACUUUGAGUGGAGAACAAAUAAAUUUUAAUGAAAGAGGCGAUAGAAAGGGAAUGACAUAUGAAAUAUUAAAUGCUAAAGAAUUUGGUGGACCUCUUGUAGUUGUUGGAAAUUUAAAUGGACGGGGAGAUUUAAUUUUGGAUGAUAGAGCAAUUAUUUGGCCUGGAGGAUUGAGAAGAAAACCCUCAGAAUUAACACUUCCAAAACAUUUAAGAGUUACUUUAGUUGUUGAUCCGCCUUUUGUAUAUGCAUUUAAAGGUAAAUAG